AAAUAAGCAUUCAAACCCACAGCAGCUCUCAGUCAGAGAACUGUUCUCCUCAGAGCGUUAGUCGAGAGUCUUCAAAUCCACCCGUAACCGUACCGCCCCGAGUAGCCGAGACACAGACCACAAGUCGACUUUCUUCGGAACCAAAAGCUUUAAGGUCCACAUCUUCAAUUCAAGUCGAUAUUCUGAACAACCAAGAGGUGAAGAAUCAUGGCUCCUGGCGUCAAGGUUACAGAUGAAGUGAUCUCAGCUUCUGACGAGGUGAUACGGCACAAGUACAAGUACGUGACCUUCAAGCUUGAGGACCACGACAAUGUCAUCGUGGAUACCAAGGUGGAGUCGUCGACCUACGAGGAAUUCCAAGCCAGUCUCCCGAGUGAUGAUGCCCGCUGGAGCAUUUACGACUUUGACUACAAGAACAGGGAGGGUCAAGAUUGUAACAAGUUGAUCCUGUUCGGCUGGUGUCCAGAUGAAGGCGCUAAAAUUACGACCAAGAUGCUGUACUCAGGGAGCACAGAAGAGAUCAAGAAGAAGUUCCCGGCUACCAAGAACUAUGGGGCCAAUCACCGCGACGAUCUCAACUUCGAUAAAGUGAGGGACACGAUCCUCAAAACAAGCCAGUAGUGCCCCAGAUCAAAGCACCAAUUCUCCCUUUUCACAAUGACCAUGAUCCUUUGCUGCAGAUACCCCCCCCCCAAGUUUACAGUAGUUUUGUAAAACCGUUGGGUUCAAAUCGCAAACUCGGCUAAAGUCUUAUUCUGCAGAACAAGGUCUUACCCAAGGAAUGGUAGAGUGGCUUGAUUCCGGACUGGACACUGUGCCCUUGGGAAAGGCCUCAGUCCUUUUUCCUCAGUCCACCCAGAUGUAAAAAUGGGUACAUGACUUUGCUUGGGUAGGUAGGAGGCAGUGAAAGGAGUCGGGAUCCGCCUCCCAAUACCGUGCCCAAGACACAGUAGAUAACAACCCACUGCCCCUACGACCCUAACUUUCCAUUUCACGAGUUUGCUGAUUUAAGCUCAAUGGUUUUACAACACUACAACAAAGGAUUGUGGGAAGUGCGAAAUGGUACAUACAUUCCUCUUUGGGGCUUUAUUUCGUAUCUCAUGGCAAACUAAAAACCAUGCACUACAUUAUCUUUUUACUACAAAUUGAAUAGUUUAAUUGUAUAUCAUGGAAUGGAGACUUCUACUACUACUACUACUUUAUGCAAUUUUCCCGUAUAAAACACUGUAAUUAUCAUUUGUACUUCAAAAGCAACAACAGAAUCUGUACCCUUUAAAAGCUAACGUCAAGUUUUAGAGGGUAAUUUGUUUUAUUAAGUGGCUAUCCUAUUUGACCGUACCAAUAGGUGACAAAUUAUUGUGGCACACUGGUAAAAUAAGUGACCACUACAAGCAAAAUGGCCGUACUCUCAAUGUCACAUCCUGAGUUUGAGCCCCAAUGUUAUAGGUACAAUGAAAUAUGCAUAUCUAAAAUCACAAUGAAAGAAAGACUAAUGAUUAAAAUUCAUCAAAAAUAGUUUUGCAGUGAUUGCCCUUGUUGGCAAAUACUUUGGCCAAUCACAACAUUAUGCUAAUUGUGAUUAUUUUGAAGUUUGAAAAAAAGAAAAUCAUCAGUUCAGGCUGCCAAUCUGUUGUCGGCCAAUGAGCAUUGUGUUGGUGACGUAGCGAAUGUCUGCCACAAACAAUCACCCUAUGAGAUUCCCACUGAAGUCACAGUCCAAGUUUCCUGUUAUAAAUAAUACCGGAUGCAAGAUAAAGAUGUGUUUUUGUCUAUCCAAAGAUGAUAAUUUUACAGUGUUUAGUGCGAAUGUAACUCUUGAACAAUGUAAUUGGUUGGUAGAUUUUUUCUUUAUAUAUUCAGGUGUUAGUUAAAGUUACAGGGCAAUUCAGUGCACACAAUAGGUGCAUAGUGAUGCUUGUACUACUUGGAAGAGGAAAUAAAUCAAUCUACUACUAGUAAA